AUGUGGUUUCAAAUUGUAACUUUGGUGCUCUUUUAUUCACAAGCUGGCUCGUAUGCCAGAACUAUCGACUCUCUUCUCUUGGACAAGCUAAUAACCUCCGGUAUACGAAACCAUCGUCCUGUCGUCAUAAUAGUUGACCGUUCCAAAAAUUUGGGAGUAGAUUUUGAGGAUGAUACUAACAAGGAGAGUUAUGAGGAUAACAAUGAUCUAUUUUCUGGCGCAUUGAGGGCUCGUGACAACAGAAACUGCAAACGAUUCCUCCGUGAGAAACUCGAAGGCAAGUGCUCUGAUGAAGCUACCUGCAUGGAGAUAGAAUGGAAGCUUGUCAAUGAGAUCUGCGACGGUGAUGAACCAACACAAGAAACAACUGAAGCCAAUAAAAGUAAAACUACAGUUCUAAAACCAAAUGUAAACAAAAAAAGGAAAACUGCAAUUCCAAGACCAGAUGAAGACGAAAAAAGUAAAACUGCAGCGCCAAAUCCGGAAGGUGUACAAGUAUAUAUAUUAAAGAAGAAACAAUAAUUACAUAAAAAUAAAUG